GCUGCCUUUGUAAUAGAUCUAGAACAGUCCCUCCAACGCAAACACUUUCGCUUUCAGAUAGAAUUGACACCAUCAGGAUGUAGACAUGGGAGGAGUUUAUGAUAACCAAUCCUCCACGGCGAGGUUGAGGUGGAGGAUGAAUGAGGUUCACUAUUCAUGGGGGUGAGAAAAAGAAACGUUUCUAAAAGUGUUGUUUUCUCCUUUCAUUAUGAGCACAUAAUGAAGUGAUUCACCUUGGAAAAUUGGCUAGAGCUGUAUUUUAAAUGGUGGAGGAAACGGUAGUAAUGAGUCAUAGAAAUACACAAGAGAGGUAACCUCUCUGAAUAUUGUAUGCCAGGACAGUAAAUUCUUAAUUGAUACCAGGCUUUUGACAGUCACGCAGGCUAAAUCUAAGUCAAUCAGCAGGAAAACCGGCUACUGGUAAUGUGGUUAUGUACAUUCCAAAGGCUUCAAAGUCAUCCAGUGGCACAACAAAUCUGUUUUGUUUUUUUUCUCCAAGACAACCUACCACAAGAUGCUGAAUUUAUGGUGCCUGUGUGGUAAAGUGGAAGGAAAUACUGGACUGAAACCUAAUUGUACACAUGCACAGACACAUUGACAUGUAUUUGUGUGAGAGCAAAUACAGUGUUUCUGUUGAAGUUUGUAUAGUUGGUUUAGGCAGAGGUAACGUUUCAGAUUCUUGGGUUAAGGGGACAUUUAAAGCAACUCUAACUUUUUGCAAUUGGGACUAGUUGACGUCAUUUUCAGAUCUGAUCAUAUAUUUUUCAUCACUGAAUGUGCAUCUUUGUAUAGCCUAUGCACUGUUUUGUCACUUUGGACGCAGUAAAUACCAGUACUUAUAACUGAAAUCAUAGUAAAGCAGGUACACUGUUUGGCUGGGAACACAGAUAAGAGUCCAGGACAAAAGUCACACACUCUUUUUUUGUGUGUAUGUGUGUGUGUGUGUGUGUAUGUGACUGCACUGCAAUAGUGCUCUUUAUGGCGGCAGUAGUUUGGAAGCAUAACAUCCGUUUCAGUUAGAGCUCCCUGUAGCCUAUCACACAGUACAAGAAGAGCAGUGGCCAAAUAUUGAAGAGACCGUGGGGUGAGCGCACUCCGGGGCUACCAGCAUGACAUUCAUGGACAGUUUCCUUGGUUGGAAAUGUAGUUAGCACCGGGUGACAGUGCUUCUCAAUAAAUGUGGUAUUUCUGGAUGAAACGAAACAGCAUCUCUGGACCUCUCGUUUAAAACGGUGACGUCUGGAAACGGAAACUUUGGCUCAGUCAUAUAGACAGCAGUAGUUAAUAGGUGAACGUAGCCUACUGGAGUUACAUGAGUAAGACGUUGAAGGACUAGGCUACUGACAACGAAGAAAUAAGAGAUGGAGGAAAACGUAAGGAAUAUGCGCCUGAAAGAAUGGCUAAUUGCACAGAUAGAUAGCGGAAGAUAUGCAGGUUUAAGCUGGGAAAAUCAAGAAAAAACUAUGUUCAGAAUUCCUUGGAAGCACGCUGCCAAACAAGACUACAGGCAAAACGAAGACGCCGCACUUUUCAAGGCGUGGGCCAUAUACAAGGGAAAAUACCGAGAGGGGAGAGACAAAGCAGACCCCUCCGUGUGGAAGACACGUCUGCGCUGUGCCCUUAACAAGAGCACGGACUUUCAAGAGGUUCCUGACCGCAGUCAGCUGGACAUCUCUGAACCUUAUAAAGUCUAUCGCAUUUUGCAAGACAGCAACCCGUCUGCAGAUUCGCAGGGGAGCCCAAUGAUCAUGCAGGGUCAUCAUACCGAUUUUCCAGCAACAGGUGUUCAUCUUGCUCGUCCUCAGUUUGGCGCUAACGGGGAGUCCAGCAGAAAGGUUGGAUCAGUCCCCAGAGAGAGACUGGUUAAGGAAGAGCCAGAGCAGCAUGGGGUACUUUUGGAAAGCCGGUUACCAAUUGGCCGACCCCUCCUACCUACAGAGCUACAUAUCUCAGAUUUCCGACUGCGGGUGCGAGUGUUCUACCAGGGCCAAAUGGUGGAGGAGGUAGUCAGUCUCACCCAGGAUGGCUGUUUCAUCCUACAAGGCUCCGUGCCGGUGGGCAGCGAGCGCAUCUACGGCCCCUGCGCUGCCCAGCGCGUCCUCUUCCCUAGGUGCCCUCUGCCCCCUGGCAUGGCCGAGGCCAUGAGCCGGCUCCUGCCUCACCUGGAGCGGGGCGUGCUGGUGUGGGUGGGACCAGACGGGGUCUUCAUCAAACGCUUCUGCCAGGGGCGUGUGUACUGGGAUGGACCUCUGGCUGAGCACAAGGACCAGCCCAAUAAGCUGGACAGGGAGAGGACCUGCAAAUUGUUGGACAUGUCCACCUUUCUGCAAGAGCUAGAACGCUUCAUGCGUGGGGAGGGGCCAAGGCCCUGUUACAAGAUUGAUCUCUGCUUUGGGGAAGAGUUUCCUGAGGCUGGUGUGCCGAAAAGCAAGAGGCUCAUCACAGCUCAGGUGGUGCCCCUGUUUGCUAAGGAGCUUCUUCUACGACUGCCCCCGCCCAGCACUGGCGCCACGCAGCAGCAGUCUCAGGCGCACAGAGACGAGGGACACAGGCCGUAGCACAGUGAGGCCCACCUCCGUGACUGACAUCCACCUCCAUUGUCCUCCCUGGUGUGGCACUUAACCACUUCGCAGGCUACUGUAUGACUCAACAAACCAAACUACAUACCUCAACAGCAAAGCUAACAUAAUGUAAAAAACAGUCAGAGAAGGAAGGUGAAAGAAGAAGUUUUAGACUAUGAGGGCAUUACACUUCAAGAGUUUAAAAGUGUGCAGCUAGUGUUCAAUCAUUUAUCACCAAGAUCUAAUAUAGGGAAAUUGUGAGUUGCUUAAAAUCGUACAUAUUUUACCAAGUGCAAGUGUUAGACUAAAACGGUAAACAGUGAGCCCGUAUGUGACUAUAUUGUAACCUGAUUUUUAUGCUUACAAUUACCUGUUUGAAUCUUGGCCAGAGGAAAUUCUGCUUUUUUCAUGUCAAUACAUCCUUUUGUUGUCAUGUAAUCAUUGGCAUUGCAACUGUGAUUAAAUUAAUAUACUCAACAUAUCUCCUUUUUGUCUAGUGUGUGGCAACAUAGACCUAUGUAAGAAUAACAUAAUAGCAUAACAUAAUUCAAGGUAAAUCUAUAAAGCUUUUUUAAUCUCUAGCGAACAUUGUAUGACAGUUUCACAAUUUUAAAAAUAUACAAUUUUAUAGCUAUAACAUUUACAAAGAAAAUAGUAACAACAGUAUUUUUGAAAAACAACAACAACAGAAAAAAAACCAGAACAAAACGAAA